AUGUUUUAUAUUAUUUAGAAUCCAACUAUUGACAGCUUUUCAACGAAUGGCCAUAAACCAGAUAAUAUUAAAGGAAACUUAGAGUUCAAAAAUGUUCAUUUCACUUACCCAUCUCGGAAAGAGGUCAAGAUUUUGAAGGGCCUCAAUCUCAAGGUUUACAGUGGACAAACAGUAGCCUUGGUUGGAAGCAGUGGCUGUGGGAAAAGUACAACUGUUCAAUUGAUACAGAGGUUAUAUGAUCCCACAGAAGGCAUGGUCACCAUUGAUGGACAGGAUAUUCGAACCCUAAACGUAAGAUAUCUGCGGGAAAUUACUGGAGUUGUGAGUCAAGAACCAGUACUCUUUGCAACUACAAUUGCUGAAAACAUUCGCUAUGGCCGUGAAGAUGUCACCAUGGAAGAGAUUGAAAAAGCUGUCAAGGAAGCCAAUGCCUAUGACUUUAUCAUGAAACUUCCUCAUAAAUUUGAUACUUUGGUUGGAGAAAGGGGAGCCCAGCUGAGUGGAGGUCAGAAGCAGAGAAUAGCAAUUGCCCGAGCUCUGGUUCGGAAUCCCAAGAUCCUUCUCCUUGAUGAGGCAACAUCAGCCUUAGACACAGAAAGUGAAGCCGUUGUACAAGUGGCACUGGAUAAGGCAAGAGAAGGUCGGACCACUAUUGUGAUAGCCCAUCGUUUGUCUACAGUCUGUAAAGCAGAUGUUAUAGCUGGUUUUGAGGACGGUGUAAUUGUGGAGCAAGGAAACCAUGAUGAAUUAAUGAAACAGAAAGGUGUUUACUUCAAACUUGUUACCAUGCAGACAACAGGAAAUCAGAUUGAAUCAGAGGGUGAUUCAGAUGAACUGAAAAGUGAAAUAAAUACCUCAGAACCAACUACAAAAGGUUUUGAAUCCAGGAGCCUAAGAAGACGAUCAAGUCGUUCAAGUGUCAAGAAGACACAGACCUUAGAGAAAAAAACCACCGAAGAGGAGAGGAAGCUUGAUGAAAAUGUGCCUCAAGUUUCUUUUCUCAGGAUUCUGAAGAUGAAUAAGACAGAAUGGCCUUAUUUUGUGGUUGGUAUUUUUUGUGCCAUUAUCAAUGGAGGUCUUCAGCCAGCAUUUUCUGUAAUAUUUUCCAGGAUUAUUGGGAUCUUCACAGAAUUUCAUGAAGAUGAAAAAAGAAAACGUGAUAGUGAUAUGUUUUCAUUAUUGUUUUUAGUCCUUGGAGUUAUUUCUUUCAUUGCCUUUUUUCUUCAAGGCUUCACAUUCGGCAAAGCUGGAGAGAUACUUACAAAGAGACUCCGAUAUAAGGCCUUUAAAUCAAUGUUGAGACAGGAUCUACAUUGGUUUGAUGACCCUAAAAACAGCACUGGUGCUCUGACUACAAGACUUGCUACUGAUGCCUCCCAAGUUAAGGGGGCUACUGGUACUAGACUGGCUCUUAUUGCACAAAAUAUAGCCAACCUUGGGACUGGAAUUAUCAUCUCAUUGAUCUAUAGCUGGCAGCUAACGCUUUUGCUCUUAGCAAUCGUACCUGUCAUUGCAAUAGCAGGUGUUGUUGAAAUGAAAAUGUUGGCUGGACAUGCCCAGAAAGACAAGAAAGAAUUAGAGAGUGCUGGAAAGAUAGCUACUGAAGCAAUAGAAAAUUUCCGAACUGUUGUUUCUCUGACUAAGGAGAGAAAGUUUGAGCAUAUGUAUCAACAGAGCUUGCUGGGACCAUACAGAAAUUCUAUUAAGAAAGCACAUAUCUUUGGCAUCGCAUUUUCUUUCACCCAAGCAAUGAUGUAUUUUUCUCAUGCUGCUUGUUUCCGGUUUGGUGCUUAUUUGGUGACAAAUGCGAAUAUGGCUUUUCAAGAUGUGCUUUUGGUGUUUUCAGCUAUUGUAUUUGGUGCUAUGGCUGUGGGGCAGACAAGUUCACUUGCACCAGAUUAUGCCAAAGCCAAAAUAUCAGCAUCCCAUAUCAUCAAGCUCCUAGAACAAAAACCUGUGAUAGACAGCUACAGUGAGGAGGGACAAAAGCCUAAAAAAUUCGAAGGGAAUGUGUCUUUUAAUGAAGUUGUGUUCAACUACCCUAUUCGACCUGACAUUCCUGUGCUUCAAGGUCUGACUCUGGAGGUGAAGAAGGGUCAGACCCUGGCUCUUGUGGGCAGCAGUGGUUGUGGGAAGAGUACUGUGGUACAGCUACUUGAGAGAUUCUAUGACCCUUUGGCUGGAGAAGUGGUAAUUGAUGACCAAAAUGUCAAGACGCUUAACGUCCAGUGGCUCCGGGCUCAGCUUGGCAUUGUGUCCCAGGAGCCCAUCUUGUUCGACUGCAGCAUUGCAGAGAACAUCGCCUAUGGAAACAACAGUCGGGAGGUAUCACAGGAAGAAAUUGUGAAUGCAGCCAAAGCCGCCAAUAUCCAUCCUUUCAUUGAAACACUACCCAAAAAAUAUGAAACCAAGGUAGGAGACAAAGGGACUCAGCUCUCAGGAGGUCAGAAACAGCGUAUUGCUAUUGCUCGAGCCCUCAUCAGAAAUCCUCAGAUCCUGCUAUUGGAUGAAGCAACUUCAGCCCUGGAUACAGAAAGUGAAAAGGUUGUCCAAGAAGCCCUGGACAAGGCCAGAGAAGGUCGUACGUGUAUUGUGAUCGCUCACCGCCUCUCCACCAUCCAGAAUGCCGACCUUAUCGUGGUUUUCCAGAAUGGCAAGGUCAAAGAACAGGGAACACACCAACAGCUGCUGGCUCAGAAAGGCAUCUAUUUUUCAAUGGUCAACGUUCAAAGUGGGGCAAAGCACAUGUGAAGUCCUUUCACUCUUUACAUUUCAUAAGUUAAAUAUUUUUCUAAUUGUGUUUAAAAAGGGAAUCAUAGCCAUCAACUUCUGCCAGAAAGCAAGUCCUUUAGGUUGUUUCAUUUUUUAAAAUCAACUUCUGCUAUGACUGGAUCUCUACCCAUAGAAUUCAAUGUCUCCAGAAGAGAAGGAGCAACACUUAUGGAAGAUAUACCAAUAUGCCAUGCAUUAUGAAACUUAAUAUUGUUCAAACCUAUAUUGAGUAUACCGUUUCCCCAUCAAAAUGCUAUAGAUUUCUAUUAUGAGGUAGUUGGUUCAAAAUAAGAGAACACUAUUCUGUCUUUUUCUUUUCCUGGGUCCUACAGAACUGUACAACCUUGCUUACUCUUGUACUUAACUCUGCUAUUUUGUUACUUUUCAACUUUUAUUAUUAUGGCCAAAUUAAGUGAUAAUAAGAAAUGAAAGCAAGAUUCAUUCAUUAGUUUUGGGCCAAGACUGAAAUGCUGAAUCAUGGGAUUGAAUCUUCCUUUGUUAUGUUGUUAAUAUUUUGUACUGCUG